UUACUGUCGCAUUGUCAUGCCUCCUUCAGAAACAACACUCGCUGUGGAUGCCAGUCCUGCUGCGAUCGCAAGCGAUGUGUAUGCUAAACAACUCCUCAAGCUCGCGCUGGGCUAUCCUAUGUGGGACCCGGAGCCGAAGCACGGGCAAGGCGACAUACUGAUCGGCGAUGUUGGAUAUAUUGUUCAGGGAGGCUUUUACCGCCUCUUCAAUGCGACGAGGGAGGCCGAGGACAGUAUACAGAUUGCCGUCCCUCCGAACUUCAAGAAACUCCUACUCGGCCCGGUACCAAUCGCUUCAUCCAACAAUGUUAUUGACAGAGGUCCCCUCUUCAGCCCGACUGUCCGUCGUAUCGAGGUAGGAGGUGGAGCUGGAUCAGGCGCGUUGCGAUGCGAAUGUACCGACAAACACGGCGCAUUGCGUCAACUCGUGCAACAGAAUCGCCUGGUGGCCAGAUAUAUGAAGGAGAAUAUAGAUGCCUGGCACGACUGGGCAACCUCAGAUGAGGUAGACCUCCCCAUCGCUAUCGAAGACAUACUCCUCGUCCGAGGGUGGGUCAAAACCAGUCGUUGGGCCGUCGUAGCCUUCCUCGAUGACAGCCGGCACACGAAGCUUACCUUCAGCGGCGAUCUGGGCGUCCCUGUCUCUAACGCCUUUCGCAUUGAGACGCAGAGAGAGACAACAACCGCUACAUGCCUUCCCAGGAUAGGGCCAGAAAGAUUCCCCAGAACAAACACGACCGAGCCUCUGGGACCUUACCAGCUCCCCCAUGUCCAGGAGCAGUAUCCUUCCGACCAGUGCGUGUUCCUGCACUACUUCAAGAUGGCGAAACGUCUACUACUGCCGUCGAAGAUCGCAGCGGCCGCUGAACCUCGGGAUCCGUCAGUGGACCGCGACCCAGGCGACAGCCCGACGGCCAAACAGACCUCGUCGCGAGUGAAGCCAUACGACCCAGUCAAAUUUGUGUUGGACUAUAUUUUGGAGCACUCCGAUGCGGCCGUCGCAGUUGCGAGCGACAUAGACCUCAUAUGCGGCAACAGCGUUGAAUACCCCAUUCCCGAUGACAUCCCCCGAUUUUUGGAGGAAGUGCAACCUCCGAUCGAGGUGACUGAGGAUGGCCUUGGCUUCCUACUGCUUGACGAAGGGGAGCCCGCGAGUUAUCAGCGUGCAGCUGAAGCGGAUGACGAUCUGCCUGCAGCGAGAGAAAUCAUCCCGCCUGCCGUGUCCUCUCUCGACGACGAGCUGUCGAUAUAUGCAGGUGCGCAGGGUGAUUCAGCACUCGGCGCCAGUGGCUGCGUGGCGCACGCCAACGGGAGUUUCAACGUCUGGGACAGGGCGGUGAGGUCAAAGGACACGUAUUCUAAUUGGUACCACGACUGUGAUCGCGCUUACUCCACAAGCGAAGGAGCUACGUACAGACGGGGAACCCCCGUUCUGACAGUGGCGGGUUGAGCGUAGUAGUUAUGCGUCGGACUGAGGUUGAGAUAUGUGCGUUGAAAUACUACUCCUGGUAGUUUCUGUUAUCUAUGAGGUUAUGAGGGCACUUGAUGUUGAUAUGUAUGUACUUAAGGACAGAGAGAGCCACUUGUCACUGGCACGAUACUUACGCGAAUCGUCACGGUAGGCUGUUGUAUGUGAUUUCUAGCUGUCUUAUCUGAAGGCUGCAUACAGCCAAUCUGUGGGA